AAAACUAAUUACGAUUCUUUUUUUUUCUUCUCUUGGUGAAUUAAUAUUUAGAUCCACCGGCAAAAAUCACUUUUGGGAUCUUUGUCAUCCAAGGAAGGAGCAGCUCAGUGGAUUUGUGCUUUGAUCAGUGAGAAUCGAACUCUCUCUCUCUCUCUCUCUCAAAAAUUGAGAAAAUUGGGUGAAAUCUUAAAUGCAAUUGGGAUCGUGGGAGCAGGAAGGGAGGUGAUGUUGUUUGGAUGGGGAUUGGGCGGAGGAGGAAUUAGGGUUUGGAAUCAGGAACAAGGAUGCAACUUCACAUCUCGCCGAGCAUGAGAAGCCUCACGAUAUCGAGCAGCAAUGAGUUUUUUGAUUCGAUGAAGAUCAAAGUCGCGCCUCCUCUCAUCUCUUACCGAACUCUCUUCCACACUAUCUUAAUCCUCGCCUUCCUCUUGCCUUUCGUCUUCAUCCUCACCGCUCUUGUCACCCUUGAAGGUGUCAACAAGUGCUCCUCCAUUGAUUGUUUAGGGAGGCGGUUAGGGCCACGCCUUCUUGGUAGGGUAGAUGAUUCAGAGAGACUAGUUAGAGACUUUUACAAAAUUCUAAACGAAGUAAGCACUCAAGAGAUUCCAGAUGGUUUAAAGCUUCCCAAUUCUUUUCGUCAGCUUGUUUCCGAUAUGAAGAACAACCACUACGAUGCCAAAACAUUCUCCCUCGUUCUCCGAGCUAUGAUUGAGAAGUUUGAAAGGGAUAUGAGGGAAUCCAAAUUUGCGGAGCUUAUGAACAAACACUUUGCAGCAAGUUCUAUUCCAAAAGGAAUCCACUGCCUCUCUUUGAGACUAACCGAUGAGUACUCCUCAAACGCUCACGCUCGGAGACAGCUUCCCUCCCCUGAGCGUCUCCCUGUUCUCUCGGACAACGCUUACCACCAUUUCGUUCUAGCUACAGACAACAUUUUGGCUGCAUCGGUUGUGGUCUCAUCCGCUGUUCAGUCGUCUUCGAAACCUGAGAAAAUUGUCUUCCAUGUUAUCACUGACAAGAAAACCUACGCGGGGAUGCAUUCUUGGUUUGCGCUCAACUCCGUUGCUCCUGCCAUCGUUGAAGUCAAAAGCGUUCAUCAGUUUGACUGGCUGACAAGAGAGAAUGUUCCUGUUCUCGAAGCUGUGGAGACCCAUCACGGUAUCAGAAACUAUUACCAUGGGAAUCAUAUCGCUGGUGCUAACCUCAGUGAAACAACUCCAAGAAAGUUCGCUUCGAAGUUGCAAUCAAGGAGUCCCAAAUACAUAUCUUUGCUCAACCAUCUUAGAAUCUAUCUACCAGAGCUGUUUCCAAACUUGGACAAGGUGGUGUUCUUGGAUGAUGAUAUAGUGAUUCAGCGAGAUCUAUCUCCUCUUUGGGAUAUUGAUCUUCACGGGAAGGUAAAUGGAGCUGUGGAGACUUGUAGAGGAGAAGACGAAUGGGUUAUGUCAAAGCGUCUCAGGAACUACUUCAACUUCUCUCACCCUCUCAUAGCAAAGCAUUUGGAUCCGGAAGAAUGUGCUUGGGCUUACGGAAUGAAUAUCUUUGAUCUACGGACAUGGAGGAAGACGGAUAUCAGAGAAACUUAUCAUUCUUGGCUGAAAGCGAAUCUGAAGUCGAAUCUAACAAUGUGGAAACUUGGAACAUUGCCUCCAGCUCUAAUUGCAUUUAAAGGGCAUGUUCAGGCAAUAGAUUCGUCUUGGCACAUGCUUGGAUUAGGAUACCAGAGCAACACCAACAUAGAAAACGUGAAGAAAGCUGCGGUGAUUCACUACAAUGGGCAAUCAAAGCCGUGGCUGGAGAUAGGUUUCGAGCAUCUGAGGCCGUUCUGGACAAAAUAUUUGAACUACUCCAAUGAUUUCAUCAGGAGCUGUCAUAUCUUGGAAUAGCAAAAAGAAAGCUUUCAGAUAAAACCUUGAAGGUAAGAGAAGUGGAGAUUUGGCGGGGGUUUAUGGAGAUAUAUACAUUGGGAGUUUUGGCUGGAAGAUGAAACUAGUUACAGAGCUAUGCAGGAGAAAGAUUGAUUCUUCUGUAGAGGUAGAAGGGUUACCCUUUGUUGAGAUUCUUUUGACACAGCAGUAAGAAAUUGGAUUUUUUUUGGGUCAUGAUCAGACACCAAACACUGGUUACAUUUGCUCCACAUGUAUUUUUUCUUUCUAAAUUUGUUGGUUCUUAAUUUUUUUGGCAAGUUACAAUUCCAAUUUUUAUAAUUUUAAUUUCAGUAGUA